UUAAGCAUUGAUGUCAACUUUUAUUACAAAUGAAAAUAGGGCCUCGUAAUAUGAUACUUACAAAGUACUUUCGGUUUCGAUUACAAAAGAAUAUUAGCCUUUCUAGAUAACAGUGUGAUGUGAAUUAUGUUAUAUUCCAAAGAAGGCGUCCUUCUAAGAAAUAAUCCCAUUCUGAUAUUCUUGUUUUUCGUCUUAAUUCGCACAGUAAAUCCAUGCAAAUGGACCAAUGUUGCAACUUGCCCCGAUACGAAAGAUAAGUGGGACAUGGCUGCAUCCAGAAAGAAUUGUUUAUCGAGCAGCAAUUGUUCCGACUAUCACUGCGUACCAACUGAGACAAACCAACUUGUAGAAGUUUGCACAAAACCUUUCUAUCUCCAAGGAGUGUGUCCGUACUUUGAUACAUUUGGAGAAAGGUUACAAAUGGGAAAUGUUUCAUGUCGGACAGGGAGUGAAAAUUGCUCUGCUAGAUACUUAUCUACAUCUGUGUACAAAUAUAAAGUUUGUUUUCCAAUCCAAGGACAGCCGUCAUCUGGAACUUCAGGUAUGCAUACGCAUGAUACGGAAAAGAAUUCCUGGGUACUUUACGUUGUUAUCAUCUUUACAGUAUUUAUUCAUCAAAAUCAAUGAUGAAAAAAAAACUCAAAUUGUUUGCAACAUCAUUAUUACAUAUGUAAAUAUUUCAAACCUCAAAAUCAAGACUUUGUCUUUGUCUAUGCAUUGAGUCUUUACAUUAGUCUCUUUUGUUGAUAAUGUUGUUUCUCUUGUGCCUACUUUCAAUUGCUAGUUUCAAAUAAAACAACUA